GGGAGAACCCGAGCUCCGAGCGCAGAGAGGCUGGCAGAGCAGGAGCGGCGCGCGGCGGAGUCCUCCUGCGGUGAGGACAGAUGUGCCCAAGCAUAGGAGUGCUCCAACCUGAGCUGGGGUGAAGCUUCUGGAGAGGGCAAGCCGGCGUCCGCGAGAUGCAGGCGGAGGAGCCCUGCGCCCCGAGGGCUCCCCGCAGCCCCGACGCCCGGCAGAGAGGUCAGCGGGCACGGAACCCAGAGCUGCGCCUGUCGGGCCAGCUGCUGCCGGAGCUCUACGGCUUCGUGGCGCGCGUGCUCUUCUACCUGGCGCCGGUCUACCUGGCAGGCUACCUGGGGCUCAGCGUCACCUGGCUGCUGCUUGGCGCCCUGCUCUGGAUGUGGUGGCGCCGGAACCGCCGCGGGAAGCUGGGGCGUCUGGAGGCCGCCUUCGAAUUCCUAGAGCACGAGCGCGAGUUCAUCAGCCGCGAGCUGCGGGGUCAGCACCUGCCGGCCUGGAUACACUUUCCAGAUGUGGAGCGUGUGGAGUGGGCCAAUAAGAUCAUCACGCAGAUCUGGCCCUACCUGAGCAUGAUCAUGGAGAACAAGAUCCGGGAGAAGCUAGAGCCCAAGAUCCGGGAGAAGAGUGUCCACCUCAGGACCUUCACCUUCACCAAGCUCUACUUUGGACAGAAGUGCCCCAAGGUGAACGGUGUCAAGGCACACACGGACAAAUGCAACCGGAGGAAAGUGACCCUGGACCUGCAGAUCUGCUACAUUGGGGACUGUGAGAUCAGCGUGGAGCUUCAGAAGAUCCGUGCAGGUGUGAACGGCAUCCAGUUGCAGGGCACCCUGCGUAUCAUCCUGGAGCCCCUGCUGGUGGACAAGCCCUUUGUGGGAGCUGUGACCAUAUUCUUCCUUCAAAAGCCGCACCUGCAGAUCAACUGGACAGGCUUGACCAACCUGCUGGACAUGCCAGGUAUCAAUGAGGUAUCAGACAGCCUGCUGGAAGACCUCAUCGCUGCCCACCUGGUGCUGCCCAACCGUGUGACUGUGCCUGUGAAGAAGGGGCUGGAUAUAACCAACCUGCGCUUCCCUCUGCCCUGUGGGGUGAUCAGAGUCCAUCUGCUGGAGGCGGAGAAGCUGGCCCAAAAGGACAACUUCCUGGGGCUGGGAGGCAAGUCAGACCCGUACGCCAAGGUGAGCAUCGGCCUGCAGCACUGCCAGAGCAGGACCAUCUACAAGAACCUGAACCCCACCUGGAAUGAAGUGUUUGAGUUCAUGGUGUACGAAGUGCCUGGCCAGGACCUGGAGGUGGACCUGUAUGAUGAGGACACUGACAAGGAUGACUUCCUGGGCAGCCUGCAGAUCUGCCUUGGAGAUGUCAUGACCAACAGAGUGGUGGAUGAGUGGUUUGUCCUGAACGACACAACCAGCGGGAAGCUGCACCUGCGCUUGGAGUGGCUCUCACUGCUCACGGACCAGGAAGCGAUGAUGGAGGACCAUGGCGGCAACUCCACUGCCAUCCUUGUGGUCUACUUAGAGAAUGCCUGCAACCUGCCGAGAAACCCCUUUGACUACCUGAAUGGUGAAUACCGAGCCAAAAAACUCUCCAGGUUUGCCAAGAAUAAGGCCAGCAGAGACCCUUCUUCAUAUGUCAAGCUAUCUGUAGGCAAGAAGACCUUUACAAGUAAGACCUGUCCCCAUAGCAAGGACCCUGUAUGGAACCAGGUGUUCUCCUUCUUUGUGCACAGCAUGGAAGCCGAGCAGCUCUGCCUCAAGGUGCUGGAUGAUGACCUGGAGUGUGCUCUGGGAGUGCUGGAGUUUCCUCUGUGCCAGAUCCUGCCCUGUGCUGACCUCACCCUCGAGCAGCGCUUCCAGCUGGAUCACUCGGGCCUGGACAGCCUCAUCUCCAUGAGGCUGGUGCUUCGGUUCUUACGUGUGGAGGAGCGAGAACUGGGAAGCCCAUAUACUGGACCUGAUGCUGUAAAGAAAGGCCCGCUGUUCAUCAAGAAGGUGGCCACCCACCAGGAUCCCAAGGCCCCAGCCCAGGGAGAAGGCCUUGCAGAUGUGACAUGUGCCUCGGACCUCGCCUCUGACAUCAAGGGAGCCUCCAAGAGCCCUGAUACCACCAGUACUGCCACCACAACCAAUGAGCCUGAGCCCCAAGAGACAGGCCUGGAGUCCAAAGGCAAGGACAGUGCCAAAGGACUCUGUGAGUCCAUGGGGAAGAAGAGGACCCCAGCUACCAUCUUCCUGACUGUCCCAGGCCCCCACUCUCCAGGGCCCAUCAAGUCACCCAGACCCAUGAGCCGCCCUGCCUUCCCAUUCGCAUGGCCACCAACAAGGCUGGCUCCCAGCAUGUCCUCACUCAACUCCCUGGCCUCUUCCUGCUUUGACAUGACAGAUGUCAGCUUCAACAUUGAAGAUGGGGAUCCUAGUCAGCGACAGCUGGGUGAGAUUCAGCUCACAGUGCGCUAUGUGUGUCUUCGACACUGUCUCAGGGUGCUGAUCAACAGGUGCAGAAACCUGACACGCUGUACCAGCAGUGGAGCUGAUCCUUAUGUUCGAAUCUACCUAUUGCCAGAAAGGAGGUGGGCAAGUCGGAAGAAGACCUCAGUAAAGCGGAAGACGCUGGAGCCUCUAUAUGAUGAGACAUUUGAAUUUUUUGUUCCCAUGGAAGAAGUACAGAAGAGGUCACUGGAUGUUGCAGUGAAAAACAGUAGGCCUCUUGGCUCACACAGAAGAAAGGAGUUGGGGAAAGUGCUGAUCGACUUAUCAAAAGAAGAUCUGAUUAAGGGCUUUUCACAGUGGUAUGAGCUGACUCCAGAUGGACAGCCCAGAAGCUGAUGAUGAGCUGUUAUCACCAAUAUGUUAGAGAGUGUAUGUGUGUAUUUUGUUACUGAAAUAAGAACAUACAUUUGAUGGGAGUGUAUGUUGUAUGGACUGCAUGACUGGGUAGUAAAGCGGGGAUCAUGUAAAAGUAAGAACUAUUUCUGUUCAUUUGAUUAGUUCAAAUCCAAAAAGAAAUCAUGGUAUUUGUAUCUAAUGAGGUACCAAAACCUCAGUAGUGACUGACUUUUCAUCUUGAUA